AUGCAGUCUUCAGGGGCUCAAAGCCUGCAGCCAAAAUCGCUAUCUGAUGGUGUCGUCCGCAAUGCAUCCUUCACCAACCGGCCUCCUAGCCCACCAUACAUCCACAUUCCUACCCCGCUAGGCGAGAGAAAUAACGGACCUCUUGCUCUCACUCCGUCAUACGCGUCUGUGGACCCGAGCAAACUCACCCCAGAUGAUUUGCAAAUAAUCACGGGCGGGAAGUCCCAGCAAGCCAACGACAAUCACAAGCAUGUGUGGAAGUAUGAGGACCGCCGCAAGGCCCAGCCCAUCCUCGACUUUCUCUAUCUGGGCCCCCUCUCCGUGACUCGAAACCAUGAAUUCCUCAGACAGGAAGGUAUCACCAUGCUCCUCGCCGUUCGCGACGCCUCCAUGUCACACUUGCGCCUCCUCCCCGUGGAAAAGGCCUCUGCAGAACUCAACUUGCAGGCCGAGUAUGUGGACGUGGCCAGCCGCACACAGCUCAUCCACGACUUACCUCUCAUCAUCGCCAAAGUCAACGAUCACCUCCUACGAGUAUAUAAGAGUCAACUACAGGCGGUUAAUGACGCCGGUAAUGUGGCUAUCGACACGUCCACGUUCAGGAGGGGCAAGGUGCUGGUGUUCUGCGAGACUGGCAACGAGCGCUCCGCAGUGGUGGUGGCAGCCUACAUGAUGGCUAUUUAUGAAACUGAUAUGGUUAAUACGGUGCAGUUUAUUUCUGCACAGCGCUUCUGUGUGACCUUUGAUGAAGAAAUGAAGCAUCUAUUGCGGUCAUUUGGCGACAUCCUCGAGGCGCAGAGAAUGGUCGCUACGGGGAACCUGCGGGCAGCGGACCAGCAGACCACCGUAUCCCCACCUGUAUUUGGUGGCGCGGCGGCCCCAAUCAAAGCAUCCAAGAAACGAGGCAUCGAAGAUACCAUGGACGAGGAGGAUUACCAGGGUGACUUCUCGAUGGAUCUUGACCGCUAUGAAGACAGGGCCGCCUUUACACCCUACAGACAGAGCUAG